GCGACCAAUUGAGCUCUUUGUAUUGAGCUGCCAUUGAAUGAUCGUGAGCACCGACCUCGCCGUGGCUUCCUCGCAAACGACUUCUGAAUGACACUGGCAACAGAGUGGCCUGGCCCCAAUGGUCCUUUGUAUCAUCUUCCCGUAUUACCACUGAGCCAACCAUCUAGAUGGACAAACGGAAGACAUAUAAACAAGACCGACGAUACAUUCACCCCAAUCUUAGUCUCAUCGAGAACACCUUCUCUUCCAUAGUCCAAUCUCUCGAAUCGGAUCGCUCUUUUGCACGUAAUAUCGCAAUGUACGGCUCUCCUCUCUCCCUGAUCAUGUGUGCCCUGGCCGCGCGCCUAGUCACAAGCCACGCAGUUCCAAUUGAUACGACCAUUAAUCCGAGAUCUCUCGACGAGCAAGGAAGAGAGAAACAACCCUGGGCAGCCCACGAUGUCCAAUGCCACAACGAGGCCGACUUCCCAGGCCACGCUGACAUCAACCCCAGCAUGCAAUGGGAAGCUUCGUUGAGUUUCUGUGCCAGCGACCAAGGCAAGCGAAUAUUCACGACUUACCAUGACCCGGCGGAGAACCAUUACCCGACUGUCUUCAGGUCGCGCUACAGAUGGAAGGACAACUGGAAAAUUAACUACGACUUUUACGUCCAGUGGGUAGCUGGCUGCAGAACCGCAUUCGGAGCGCAGAGAGUCGAUGAUCCGCUGCUUAGCAAGGACGGAAAGCCGUCUUGUGCAUCCAUUAUGAACGAAAAUUUCAAGAAGUGCAACAACGGUGGCGUCGGCGGCGCAACGCAAGUGGGCUGUCUUCUGUACACUUUCAACGGUGGAAAAGGCAAUAAUCUACUCACGGUGGCUGAACUUGAGCAACGCAAAAUAUACGACGAGAAGUACAGCAUCACGAGGGGACCUGACCCCUGA